GGAGUUUAGCUAGCCAACGUCGCCAUGACAUCGCCUACCAGUGUGAUUGGGGAUUACUAUUGGAGAAUCAUACUGUACUAACUUUGGCUAUAUCGUAAAAAUAGAACCAAAAAAAUGGCGGAAGCACCUCCAUGGCCCAGACGGUUUUUCUGUCACAGAUGUUCGGAAGAGAUCAGCCCUCGUCUUCCCGAUUACACAUGUCCUCGGUGUGAAUCUGGCUUUAUCGAGGAACUGCUGGAGGAGAGACGCAGUGAAAAUGGGUCCACAUCCACCAUUUCCAGCGGUGACCAGAACCAACAUCCAUUUGAGAAUGUGGACCCUUCAAAUAUAUUUACAUUCCCCUCGGGUUACGGCCAGUUUGCUAUGGGUGUCUUUGAUGACUCCUUUGACUUCGGAGCGGGGCUGGGAGGAGCAGGGCUAGGAGGAGCUGGGUUGGGAGGAGCAGGGCUAGGAGGAGCUGGGCUAGGAGGAGCUGGGUUGGGAACAGAGGACAACCGCGACGCAGAGAACCGGCGAGAACGGGAGAUGGCAUCACGGCAGCGAUACGGCGCCAGGCAACCUCGCGGUCGCCAUGGCGUCAGGAGGCAGGCAGGGAGACCGGAGGGAGUGCCCACUUUAGAGGGAAUCAUUCAGCAGCUAGUGAAUGGAAUAAUCGCCCCUACGGCAGUGCCAAAUAUUGGUGUGGGACCCUGGGGCGUGCUUCACUCAAACCCCAUGGAUUACGCCUGGGGUGCCAACGGACUAGAUGCAAUCAUUACACAGUUAUUAAAUCAGUUUGAGAACACUGGCCCUCCGCCAGCUGAUGGGGACAAAAUCAUGAGCCUUCCCACAGUCCUAAUCACACAGGAGCAUGUAGGCUCUGGUCUAGAAUGUCCAGUGUGUAAAGAAGACUACAGUGCUGGAGAAAACGUUAGGCAACUUCCAUGUAAUCAUUUGUUUCACAAUGAUUGCAUAGUACCCUGGCUUGAACAGCACGACACAUGUCCAGUGUGCAGGAAAAGCUUAAGUGGACUGAACACAGCCAUGAAUCCUCCAAGUCUAUCAGGGAUGAACUUUGCCUCUUCCUCUGCACCCCCGUCCUCCAGCUCAACCAGCAAUGAGAACUCGGCCAACAACUCCUAAAAAACAUUUCCCUUCCCACACAACCUAGUGAACUGCCCCUCAGCCAUUUGGGUACCAGUCUCACCCUGUCAAGGGGAGCUGAGAGCAACCACCCAGUCUCCUCCUCACCUGGAUCACUGCCUCACACUGGACCGGAGCCAGCAGGAAUCCAAUUAAAUGAAAGUCAGUAUGUUUCUGCCCCACCCGAGGCGCUCCUCAAGCCUUCAGGAAUGUUGCUUCUUGCUGCGUGGAAGGAUGGAUUCGGCCCUCUGCCUGGGGAAGAUAUGGAGAAUAGGAACAUUAGGAGGGUCACUCUGGAUAACCUCAACAUGCAACAAACAGAACAAGACAGUUAGUCCUGCAGUCUGAGGGGGGACUGGGGGAGAGAUUUUCUGGUCUUUUCUCACUAAGUCAGUUGUUUUUUAAAUAAUUUUUUUGACAUGUUUUAUGAGCAUUCAUAUUUGUACUGCUAAAGUUCUUAAAUGAAAACUUUCAGGAGUAAAGGAGGCUGAGUAUAGGCUGUGUACCUGGUUUGGAUUCUGCAGCUAUUGUUUGCAUGGAUUGGAAACAUCUAUCAAAUUUGAAGUGCUUUUCUCAAACAGAAAAGAGUUUACCCUUCAUACAAUGUACUUUUACAUUGAAUGAACCAACCCCCAAUCAGUUUCUUAUUGACUGAAGUUGUGUGUGCACCAUUGUUUUGCCCUUUGAAUUAAGAAACAAACUACAUUUGGCUUUGUGUUUUUUGGAGAACUGACUUGGGUGCUGGAUUAAGUCAAAGGUUACUACAUUCCUCUUUGUAACGACAGAGGUAAAGAUCCAAUAGUUAACCUGCUAGACAGAUUCUAACAGCCUUUUCUCAUUCGAUCAUACAUAAUCAGCAAGUUUCAGUGAAUUGGUUGUUUCAAAAAUAUAUUAAGUGAAUUCAAUGUUUUUGUACAAUUCACAGUAGAAAAUUUAAGUGAAAUGUAAAUAUAUAGAUUUGCAGAUAAUGUAAAACCCUGAACAAAACAUGAACUGAUGAGAAAAUAAAGAUGUCUGGGUGCUACCACUCAAUAUACAACUUA